CGCGUACAUUAUUUUAACCUUACCAGCAUGCUGUCAAGAUCCUAACCUCAAAUGUAAAGGUUGAAUUUAUAUCAAAAUAUUGUGUUAUUUAUUAGAGGUUGAAUUUAAAAGAUUUUAUUGUGUAAAAGUAUAUGAGAGUAUAAAAUAAUUUAUAGUUUAUAAUCAUGAGCUCGUUUGAGUUUAAUUGGAGUGCAAACAAGAAAAUUGAACCAGCAAAAGUGUUUGCAAAGAGAAAAAAUAAUGGUAAUAACGCAAAAAUAGCCCUGAAUAAUGCAGGUAAUAAGACAGAUUUUCAAAAACCUGUCAAACAAUUUAAACAUAAAAAUGUAGUGGAGAAAGAAACACCAAUUAAUAAACCAAAUGUACAAAGUACAAAUACAUUUUUAAAAAGAAAUAACAAAGGACACAAGAAAGAGUUUCAAAAACCUGUCGAGCAGUUUAACCAUAAAAAUGUAGUGGAUAAGGAAACACCAAUUAAUAAACCAAAUGUACAAAGUACAAAUAUAUUUCUAAAAAGAAACAACGAAGGACACAAGAAAGAGUUUCAAAAACCUGUAAGACAGUUUCAACCAAGAAACAUACAAGAUAAUGAAACACCAGUUGAUAAACCUUAUGAAAAUUUAAAUAUUUUAAUAAAACGAAAACAAAAAAAGGACAAAUUAGCAGCCAAAAACUUAGCUAAUGAAGGCAAUGAUGUACUUCUGCCAAAACCCACUACAAACAAUAACAAAACUACACAACAUUCAUUAUUUUCUGAUCGUAGCAAAAAUAUGUUUGUAAAAUGUCCAAAAGGUGUUUCAGUGGUGGAAAAAGUAUUUAGUGCAGAUAAAAAGUUUAGCUCAUUAAAUAUACAUAAGCAUUUAUUGUCCAAUUUGGAGAAAAUUAAUUUUUCCACAUUAACAAAUGUACAGGAAAAAUCAAUACCAGUUGUGUUAACUGGAAAAAAUGUUUUGAUAAGAUCCCAAACUGGUUCAGGUAAAACAUUAGCAUAUGCAGUACCAAUUGUUGAUGCCUUACAAAGUAUAACACCUAGAAUUCAAAGAACAAAUGGAGUACAGGCUAUAGUGGUUGUGCCUACAAGAGAAUUGGCUUUGCAGACACAUGAACUAUUUGGAAAAAUAAAUACUUUCCAGUGGAUUGUAGUAGGUCACUUGUGUGGUGGAGAAAAUAGAAAAACCGAAAAAAUCCGUCUUAAAAAAGGCGUGCAUAUUUUAGUAGCAACUCCAGGGCGAUUAUUAGAUCAUAUACUGCAUACAACAGCAUUUGCAAUAGAUAGCGUUAGAUGUUUAGUGUUGGACGAAGCUGAUAGAUUAUUAGACAUGGGUUUUAAAAAGGACAUUGUAAAAAUCGUAGAAGAGUUGGACAAAGCAAAAGUAAACUCUGAAUACAACCCCCUGGCAAUGUUAAAUAAGAAAACUGAACAGACACAUGUAGAAGAAGAUGCCGAUUUACCCGCAUUAAAAAAUGUAAACAGUAAAUCCAGACAAACCCUAUUACUUUCAGCAACAUUAACAAAAGGUAUAGCAGAACUUGCGGAUUUCACGAUGAAACAACACAUUUACGUUGAUGCGUUGGAUGAAUCGUCCACUGUAAACCCCGAACACAUGGUCAUACCAAAUACUGUUAAACAAGAAUUUGUAAUGACAUACGUGAAACACCGUUUAUUUACUUUAUCCGCGUUGUUGGUGGCAAAAGCCAAAUCCAAUUCAAAAGUAUUUGUCUUUAUGGCCACAGCUCAGAUGGUCGAGUACCAUCAUGAGCUGUUUACAAAGUAUUUGUUAAAAAUGCCUGUAAACAGGGGUAAAUUAAAGAGUGGUGAUGUGGUUUUGUUGGAUAAUAUGGACGAAGGUAGCGAUGAAGAGGAGGUUGCUGUGGACCUUAACAUCUUUGCGCUUCAUGGUUCUAUGGAUCAGAAUGUUAGGAAAGAAGUUUUUACGUCGUUUAGAGCCGCUAAGAAAGGUGUUUUGCUUUGUACAGAUGUAGCAGCAAGAGGAUUGGACGUUCCUGCGGCUGAUUGCAUUGUCCAAUACACGGGACCAUCAAGCGACGAAGACUAUUUACACAGGGUGGGAAGAACAGGUAGAGCUGGAAAAUCGGGAUCUUCGAUAAUAUUUUUGACGCACGAAGAGCAAGAAUACAUUACCAGAUUGCAGGACCAUAAAGUAUUUCUGUCUGAACACAAACCUGAUGAUUUUCUUAAGCAUUUGUGUGACUUAAUGGAAGAAGAGGAUCAAGAAAAAGCUGCCACUGCUGUUCAAAGAAGAUACGAAUCUGCAUUGAAUAAAGACCAGGAACUAUUUAAAAAAGCUUGUUUUGCUUAUUCAUCUUGGUCCAGAUUUUACAAUACUUACCCAACAAAAUUGAGGUCCAUUUUCGAUUUUAAAAAAGCAAACCUGGGUCAUUACGUUACAAGUUUUGCCUUGCGAGAAACUCCAACGAAUGUUGGAAAAAUUGUAAGGGGACAAGUAGUUAAAAAAGAACCGCAGCGGCUCAAUAGAAAAUUGGCGACACACGACGAUGACCAGCCUAAAAGACCGCCACCUACCGGAGGAUUUAAAAGAAAAAUUAACUCUGUAUGUCUAACGACUUCAGAGUUUGGCAGUGGUUUGGCACCAAGUAAAAAAAAGAAGAAAAAAUCUGCCUAAAUUAUUUAAUAAAUACUAAACAAAAUAU